GGAGGGACGAGUCGGUGGUCCUGGAGGUGACGUCACGGGAGGGAGUCACUGGAGCCCAACAGGAGAAGGAUUACAGGGAAAGAAGCGACAGUAACCGGGAGUCAGCCAGGCACAGUCUGUGAGGAACCUCAACUUUCAAAGAAAGUUCAACAACUAGAGCACAGCCACCCGGAUCACUGCAGCCCUCAUCCCAGCUACACAGGGGUCAUUAAGAUGAAAUAUAGCAAUGUGGAACACAUCCUUGGCACAUUAAUAUAGAUACACGUAUGUACUACAGCUAACAGCACGUGUGUGUCUGUGUGUCGUCUGCACUUGCCAGGUUGUGCUGCACUUAUUCCCAAACCGACCACUUCGCUAACAUCAUUGCAUGUUUUCAGCUCUCCUCUUUUUCCUCAUAUAUAAAUAUUAUUUUUAAAGCAGAUUUUUUUUUCUUACCUUCUGGGUUUGAUUUUACAUUUCAAAGAAUAUUCGUAUUUUUUUUAUUUUAUUUUUUUGUGAGGGGAAAAAUAAAGAUUGCUCCAAGAGGAUUGUUAUGAAGACUUUGUUUUAAAAUACAAGCAGCAUGGAAGGCUCCAGUUUUGGGAUAGACACUAUAUUGUCCAACGCUGGCUCUGGCAGCCCUGGCAUGUUAAAUGGAGACUUUAGGGACAGCAGAGGCACGGAUUUUAGAAAUCAGAGCCCCCUUUCUCCUGGCUCGGAAAUAGACACUGUGGGGAGUUCGCCUUCUUCUCCAAUCUCAGUUAGUAUGGAGCCUUCAGAUCAGCACCGGCUGGUGGACAGCGCACAUCUCCAGCCUCAGCACCUCCACCAUCACCUCCAGCACCACAGCCAGCAGCCGCAGCAGUCCCCUCCUCAGCAGCCGGCCCAACUUGCCACUGCGCCCAGGACUUCCACUUCUUCCUUCUUAAUUAAAGACAUUUUGGGGGAUAGCAAACCGUUGGCUGCCUGUGCCCCAUACAGCACCAGUGUGUCCUCACCUCACCAUACUCCGAAACAGGAGGGUAAUGUGUCUUCAGAAAGUUUUCGACCCAAACUAGAGCAGGAGAUGCAAGAUGGCAAGGGUAAAGGGGAAAAGAUUCGCGAUGACUUGAAUUCAGACAUUAAAGGACAUGGUACAAAGGAAGAGGGAGAUCGGGAGAUUACAAGCAGCCGGGAGAGUCCUCCAGUUAGGUCCAAGAAGCCUAGAAAGGCGAGGACAGCCUUCUCAGAUCACCAACUCAACCAGCUGGAAAGGAGCUUUGAGCGUCAGAAGUAUCUGAGUGUGCAGGACCGCAUGGACCUGGCCGCAGCCCUUAACCUCACCGAUACCCAGGUCAAGACCUGGUACCAGAACAGGAGGACAAAAUGGAAGAGACAGACAGCGGUGGGUCUAGAGUUGCUAGCUGAGGCUGGGAAUUAUUCUGCUCUGCAAAGGAUGUUUCCAUCUCCUUAUUUUUAUCACCCCAGCUUGCUUAGUAGUAUGGACAGCACAACGGCAGCUGCAGCAGCGGCAGCAAUGUACAGUAGCAUGUACAGGACUCCACCUGCACCUCACCCUCAGCUACAGAGACCCUUAGUCCCAAGGGUUCUCAUUCAUGGCCUAGGACCUGGGGGGCAACCAGCCCUUAACCCUUUGGGUAAUCCAAUCCCUGGUACUCCUCACACGCGGUGAAACAUCACCCCAUUUUCUUCAGCACUAUCACACCCCAAAAGGACAACAAAAAAACGAAGGAGAUUACCAGGAGGGACAUGGGGCCACAUUUUUGGACAACUCCUCUGUAAAAGCUAAUACAUCAAGCACCUACUGUACCUAUAUAGAGCGGGAACCCUAUAUUGAAUGCGAGACAGCAAAACUUAAUUGCAAAAUAAAUACCGAAGAUGAAAAGAGACGGCGCUCUGCGCAGUAUGGGAGAGGACGACGCACUGCCCGCAGUUGCUGCACUUCCCGGAGUGCUGAUGAAGAAAACUCAAGUCCAAAGGGAAAAAAAAAAAAAUCAGCCCCGGAGAAGUCAAAAGGGACGAGGACAAGGGGACUAGGAACUUUGCACUGAUAGCUCGUGAGCGGAUUCAUUAUGAAAAGUGGCAUGCUCCCUAAUAUACAAUGUACAUUUUGAAAGACUGAAAUAUCAUAUUUAUUAUAUGUUGUUCAAAAAAAAGUCACAACUAUUCGUUGAUUUUUUUAUGUCUUUUUUUGAGGCAACUCAAAUAAAUG